UUAUUUUCUGACCGUUCUUUUUUUAUUAGUAUUAUUUAUUGACUUUUUUUAAAUGUAUGUGUAUAUUUGAUUGCAGCUACAUAAGCCACAGACACCAUGGCAGAUUCCGGAUUUCAGAGGGAGUUCCUGGAUGCUCACAACACAUACAGGAACCUGCACGGUUCGCCGCCCCUGGCCCUCAGCAGUGAGCUGAACACUGCAGCUCAGAGGUGGGCUGAGAACUUGCUGUCACUUGGCCUACUGAAUCACAGUGACACAUCGAAUGGAGAGAACCUCUACACAGUCCUGAAAUCUCACCCACUUACAGCAAAAGAUGCAGUGGAUGCAUGGUACGAAGAGGUGAACAACUACAGCUGGAGCAACCCUGGAUUUAGAGGGGAUACAGGUCAUUUCACUCAGGUGGUGUGGAAAGAGAGCACCCACUUAGGGGUGGGCGUGGCCACCGCUGGCACCAGGUCCUAUGUGGUUGCUCAGUACCAUCCGGCCGGCAACAUGACAAUGCCUGGAUACUUUGAGAAGAACGUCCUCCCGAAAGGCAGCAGUGGAGGGAGUGGAUCAGACAACUCAUCCAGCGGACGUGGAGUUACCACAAAGUCUCGCAAGAAGUGCACACUGCUAUAGACAACCUGGACCGUCACUGUAGCCAGCAUCCAACGCACAACUUCUCUAUAUACCAAGUUGUGCAUGAAAAGAACAGCAUUUCAUGUAUUAUUGUUUUGUUUCCGAAUGAUUCGUCUUCAUCAUGCUAAAAAAGAACAUAUUCAAACGUGUUUUAUUUAAGUAUUCAAUACAAUAAAGGUUUCUUCUCUAUUUUAUUCAAUUCCACAAAUGCAUCAGGUAUUUGAAGCGUAUAUAUUGGAGUAGAACUUCCCAAACUUCGGCAAUUUGAGGGCCCUUUCAUGGUCUAUAUGCUCAGAUGAGCACAUAAGCAAAUGUCUAGCAUUGAUGUAAAUAUACAUUUAAAUGCAAGUGUUUAAAAUAAAUCAUUAUUAUUAUUA